AUGAAGACUGCUCGUCCAUAUCGAUCACAUAAAUAUCCGGCCUGUGUCCGCUGCCAUAAGCGUCGAUCACGAUGUACUAUUGAAGUGCCUGGGCAGGCUUGCUUACUUUGCCGCAUGCACGGCGUUCCUUGCUCUUCUGCCACCACUAAGAAGGAUGAUCGCGUCUCGCCCAAAAUCGGAUUUGUUCAUCGAUCUUUGAUUCCCGACGAAAGGUCACUGGAGGGUUUUUCACAUAUUGUCGGUCCGGUCAUCGCACGCGAUACGCAGAUCUUGGACCAGUAUGUUCCGCAAGUCAACGGCGCCACGGGGCCUGUCUCAAUUCAACCCAGUCUCGGCCGGCGGGAGUCAACCAAAGCAAUAUAUCAUGUCCCGAUCCCACCCAGGAGGCCCAGUCUGACAGACUGCAGUUGCACCAGGAAUCUGCCUAUGGAGCUCAUGGACCAAGUUGAGCCUUAUGCGGACAAAUUGAUGGCCAACUACUAUGAGAACGUUCAUCCAUGCUACCCAAUCUCCGAUGAGGAGUGCGUGCUCUCCAGGUUGCGGGACAAAGGGUCACUGCCUCAAACAUUCUACCUCAAUAUGGUUGCUUAUGCUUUAUUCUACUGGGAUCUUUCACCUGCUCUGGCAGCAUAUCCCAGACCGGACCAGGACUUCGCCUGGCAGGCAGCCGUAGCAUCAAACAUUGCGGACAUGCAGAAAGGGGACUUGGCCACCAUAUCAUCACUGUGCAUAAACCUUGCAGGCCGGCCCUCGCGAUGUCUGGUUCACAACGUGGGAAAUGUUGCUCGUGCUGUGGCGUUGUCGCACGCGAUGGGUCUCAACCAUGAGUGCAGCGAGUGGAAAUUAGGCGACAUGGAGAAAAGAAUACGUUGGAAGACAUGGUGGGGUGUCGUGAUCCAGGACCGAUGGUUCAACUUUGCUCAGGGAACACCGCCGUAUAUCUCCAAAGGCCACUACGACGUACCUCUUCCGACCGUGGAGCUACUGACUCAGGGACGACCAGGCUCGCUCCGGCACGUUCGUGCCGCCGAGGUCUUUAUUCACCUUUGUCGCCUGACCGAGAUUGUCGGCGACGUGCUCCCCCUGAUCUACCACAUCCGCUCGGGCAAUGAUAGCAUCGCAGCAGAGCAGACCUCGAGAUCGGAGAUCGAAUUGAAUCGCUGGAUGGAAAGCCGACCUGCAUGGCUGAACCUGAGCGACUUUCAAAGCAGACCUCCUGUCCCCGGCCUUCUGAAUCUGCAGCUAUCCUACCUGUCUGUCCGGAUGUUACUCAGGCGAAUAGCGUGGCACGAGAUCAGUCAGCGCGAAAGCGACCCUGCGUCCUCUUGGCUGUUAGAGUGCCAAUCAGCCGCGGAGGAUAUGGUCCGCUUCGUCACUUCCUUGCACAAGCAGGAUCUGAUGGGUUUCUGGAUGCCCUACAACGCCCACCACUUCACGUCUGCCGUGACGCUUCUUCUUCGCUGCGCAUUGCAGACAACUUACCCUACCGUCCGGAGCCAGUGCAUGACCAGCGCACGGACACUGGUCGACUGUCUGAAACGGCAUCACGAAGAAAACCACUGGGAUCUCGCGGAAACGGCAGUGUCACAGAGCGAGAGUGUCCUCAAGCGUAUCGAAGACGCUCUGCCAAGAACACCAAAUGCGAGAACGCCAGUCCUGCCAGGCCUGUCUAUGCGCGACAAUCAACUAGACACACGUGGCUACAUGGAUGAGAACAUGCUAGGCGCGCCACUUCCAGAAGACGCGUUCAGCAUGCAGCAGGGCCAGGGCUCGAUUGAAGAGUUGUUCCCCGAGAUCUUUGCAGAAUUCACCGACACGGCCCUCUUUUCAGGUCCCGGGAACCUCGAUUUCAACGAAUGA